AAUGCAGAGGUUUUCACGUUGACCUACGGUUCGAUCGUCCGGCAGCUCAUAUCAGAUUUCGAGGACAUUGAGGAGGUCAACAAGCAAUUAGAGCAGAUGGGCUACAAUAUGGGUAUCCGCCUUGUGGAUGAGUUCCUAGCCAAGGCCAAGAUCACUCGCUGCUCGUCCUUCCGGGACACUGCCGAGGUGGUUGCCAAGCAGGCUCUCCCCAUGUUCCUGAACGUCAGUGCCAGUGUGGCCAACUGGAGCCCGGAUCAAACCGAGUGUAGUCUGGUGGGAAGGGGGAGGGAAGAGGGGAACCGAAGCUGUGCCGAGCAGGAAGCAGGGUUUGUGUGGUUCGCGUGGCGUUUAUUGCGGGAAGGAGCCUGGGGCUAUGGCGUGGUAAAUAUGGAUGUGGAGUGUCGCUGGUUGUCUGACAUGCUCAAGGGGGACGACUGCUACGAGCUGCGUGAAAAACUCAAGGAGCACCGAGAUGAGAAGUUUCCGUACAAAGAUGAUGAUUGACGGGUUCUUGCAAGUGUACGACCAUGUGAAAAGUGAGGGAUGCAUCGUUUUCUGUAGGUCUCAUUCUGCACGGGGCCCCCUCUCCACCUAUGUGCUGUCUGCCCAUAUGUAUGUAUGUAUGUAUGUCACAACUCUUGUAGGGAGGGUAAGAUGUGAGGGGAUGUAGGGAUACGUAGAGAUUGGACGGAGACCCGCGCUCCGUCUGGUACGAGCUCGCCCUUCAAAAAGUGAACGCACACCCAUAAAUGGGGUAGAAGUGGAACCUUACCGAUGUGUUUCCAAAACGCCACCGUCCCCCACUACGCCACAAGGUUCCCCUCCAUCGGUGACUGCGGCCCUUCGGUGCACCCGAACAUGUGUGUUGGUGGCUGGCAAGGGACGCUGGUGACGUGAAGAGACGCCUCGCGGCUGUGUGCAGGCGAAGGUUGAGUGGAUGAUGAUCGCUCAAGACGUUCAACUCACCCCACAAAUUCAGGACUUAAAGGGUGUCUAGAUGCUCGAGGAUGCAAUACAUAUGUUCAUAGAACUACGACACUCAACAGAGUUAGAAAACGUAUGGGCUCCAUACCUGUCUCCGGGCACCCGCCCAUUGACAAUUGCGGUACCAGUGUCAUAGCACAUCUGUGCCAACCGCCGCCCGCAAGAAUUGAUGCCGGCAUCUCUAUUCGCGCACGUGAUGCCUAGGAGGGGAUGCGCCUCUGCACUGAACGUUUCGGGCAGAUCUGGAGUAGUCGCUGUACGGGCAUUAAAAUCACCCGCAAGUAGCACCUCAUCGCCCGCACACCGCAGCCUGUCGAGCUCACCAGUAAUGCUGACAAAUACUUCUCGCACAUGGGAAGUCAUCUCACUCCGAACAAACACAGAUACACCGCCCAAUCUUCGAGAACCCGUGCGUGGAGCCCUCGUGCAUGCGAAAUGGGUAUAGCCAUGUAAUACCAGUUGCUCCCUGGCGUGUUACUAAUCAACAGGCGCCUUUGUCUCAGUCAAGAUGAUCACGUCAUGGUUAAGCAGACCUCGCUCAGCCUUCAUCGGGUCAAAUCUGUCCGAUGAGAAAGCAUGCAUGUCCAAACAAGGAUCCGAAUGCAAUCGGCCCCCCGGCACGUUGCAACAGUUGAUUUAGUUGCGGCUGAUUGAGUGCAACGGCUGCUUUCUAACUUGUUACGUGGCCCCGGCCGAGGAUUCUGGCCUACACAAACUCAGGUUUCUUUUUGAAAGGACGUGAUAAGCAUGGCCAGUGGCA